AUGAGUUUGGUCGUUUCAGAAAAUAAAAGUAAGUUAAGUCGGAGACGUAAAUCUUUUUUCGCACGAGGGUCGAAUUCACGUGCAACAGAAAGUUCAGAAUUAAACACAGGAACUACACAAACAGAAACAACAACUACUACAACUACAUUAACAACAACACAUUUUGAACAAUUAACAAUUCCUACUACAUCAAAUGAAUAUUUAAAAACAAAUCAAAUUGAAUUAACAUUUUCAAAAAUACCAAUAAUAUUAGAAACAUCGUUUAAAUAUAAUGAAACUAUUCUUCAUUUAUUACCACCACCACCAAAACCCUUAAGACAAUAUACUACAUUAGAAUUAAUAAAUUGGCUUAAACCAAAUAUUCCAAAAGAAUUUUGUGAAUAUAUUUUAACAAAGAAAAUUAAUGGAAAUACAAUAAGAAAAUUAACAAAAAGAAAAUUUUCACGACAUGGUUGUACUAUUAAACAAUCUUUUGAAUUAACAGAAAAAAUAAAAGGAUUUGAUCGAGAAACAUCUUUUGGUUUAACUGUAUUGGAAAAUUUAAAUUUUAGUGAUUGUUUAUUAAGAGAAAUGUAUAGAUUUACUGAAGGAUUUAGAAAAAAAGAAAUUAUUAAAUUAAAUUCUUUUGAUUAUUAUAAAGGAAUAACAUUAACAUUUAUGGCAUUAACAUAUUAUUUUGCACAAAAUGAAGCAAUUCUUACAUCAGAAAACUUAAAAGAAAUAACAGAACGAAUAAAUGAAGAAAAUCCAUUUGAUAGGAUUAUAUGUACAACUCAAAAGAAAAUAAUUAUUAAUAGAACAUUUUCAUUUUUAAAAACAAUGAUUGAAUCAAAGACAAGUGUUUUUUAUUAUUUUAAAGAAGAAUUAAUUCAAUAUAUAAUUAAUUGUAUUGCACCAGGACUUAAUCCAAUUCCAUUUAAAUGUCUUUUAAAAUAUAGUAAAAAAGAAAAUCAAAGUUAUUGUAUAUUUGAAAAUGAUGAAACAUAUGCAGGAGAACAAAUUAUAUUAUAUUAUAAAGAAGUACUUAUGCCAAUAUAUAUGUUACCAAUUAAUGAAAUAAUAACAAAUCUUGAUAAAAGAGAAUGGGAAAAUGGAGAACUUGCAGUUAGUAAUUAUAGAAUAAUGUGGAUACCAUAUAAUACAAGAAUAUUUAAAGAUAAAAUGAAUUGUUCAAUAUUUUAUCAAAUUCCUAUUAAAAGUAUUCAACAAAGUUCACUUAGUGAAAGUAGUAAAGAAAAAGAAAAAGUAUAUUUAAUUAGAAUGUUAUCAUAUACUUCUCAAAUGAUUACAUUUGGAUUUAAAAAUAUUGAAAAUGCAAAUGAAGUACAAAGUACUAUUCAACAAAUUGAAAAGAAAAAAUAUUGGAUUGAUGAAUAUGAUGUAUAUUGUAAUGAAAUUUGUAUUAAAAAUAAUAGUAAUAGAAUAUAUAAAGAACUUAAAAAUAAAAAAGAUUUAAUAUUAAAAUCUAUUGGAUGGAAUAAUGAAGAAUAUAUUUAUUAUUCUAAAAAAGAAUGUAGUAAAUUAAUAUUAAUAGAUGAAAGUGAAAAAGGAGGAAGAAUUUAUAGAAUUGAAAUUAAUAAUGAAAAGAAUGAAAUAAAUAAUAAAAGAAUUAGUGAAAAUAUUCAAGGAGAAAUUAUUGAUUUAAGUUAUUUAGAUGAUAAAAUACUUGAAGAAGAAAUGAAUAAUUAUUAUAGUUUUAUUACAAAAAUUAAAAAAGAACAAAUAGAUAAAAUGUAUAAUAAAUUAACAUUUAUUAAUGAUGAAAUGAAAAAAGUAAUGAGUUGUUUUUUUGAUAUUAUUCCAAGAUUUAAACAAGGAUAUUCUUUUUGUUUUAUUGGUAAAGAAGAUCAAACUGAAUCAUGUGGUGUUUCUGCUUUAUUUUUAAUUAUUAUAAAUAAAUAUUAUAGAACAUUUAAUGGAUUUUUAGAAUUAAUUCAUACUCAAUUUGUUUGUUCAAAAUACUUUCAAGUUAUAUAUUCAAAAGGUUAUCAUCCAUUUAAUUUUUGUAUAUUUUUACAUACAAUUAAUUGUAUAAUGUAUUCAUAUCCAACAAUAUUUGAAUUUACUCCAUAUCUUCUUUCAUUUUUAACUUAUCAUACAUUUUCUCAUAGAUUUAGUACAAUAUCUUCUCAAAAAAAUCCAACUCAAUCAUUAUAUUCAUAUCUUCUUAAUAAUAAAAACCAAUUUAUUAAAUCAAAUUUUGAUGAUUUUGAUUUUGAUAUUAUGGAAUAUUGGCCACAAUCUAUUGUAUUAUUACAACCUAAUUUAUUUAUUGAAUUUAUUAAUUAUACUAAAGAUAAAAAUCCAAUUGUUUCAAUUCAAAGUAAUUCUUUAAUAGAUCUUUCUAAUUAUUAUUUAACUUCAAUUCCUUAUUAUAUUUGGCAAAAAAUACAAAAAGAACAAAUUCAAGUAAUUAAUUUAAAUGAAAAUCAAAUUCCUUUUAUUCCAAAUGAAAUUGCAACUUUACCAAAUUUAAAAGAACUUAGAAUGAGAAAUAAUACAAUUCAAUAUAUUCCACAAUGGCAUUUAUAUCAUUUAACAAAUCUUACUUUCCUUGAUAUAUCAGAAAAACCAAAUAAUGAAGCUAGUCAAUAUGAAAUGAUUAUGUUUGAUAUAUUAUGUCAUUUAAAAUAUUUAAAUAUUUCAAAUAGACCUCUCUCUCCUGAUAUUUCAUUUCCAUUAUCUAUAAAAACUAUUAUUGCAACUAAUAGUUUUGAAACAUUACCAAAUAAAAUGACAAAACUUACAAAUUUAAUUUCAUUAAAUUUAUCAUAUAAUCCUAAAAUUAAUACAAAUCAAGUACUUCAAUUAAAUAAAUUAAAAACAUUAAAAAUGUCAUAUUGUAAUAAAACUAGAAUUCCUAAUUUAAUUUCUACUAUGACUAAUCUUACAUUAUUAGAUUUUUCAUAUAAUAUUAUGAAAGGAUUACCAUUAGAUUUAUUUAGUCUUACUAAUUUAUCAAUUUUAGAUGUUUCUUAUAAUAAUCUUCAAUAUCUUUCUCAAUUACAUACAAAAUUAAUUCAAUUACAAACAUUAAAAAUUGAUGGAAAUUUUAAUAUAAAAUUACCUCAAACUCAAAAAGAACAUAUUAAAUCAAUAACACAAAUACAACCAACAAUAUUUGAAACACCAUUACAUAUUUUAUCUGAUAAUAAAGGAAUUGAUUUAUUUAAAAAAUUUUAUAGUGAAUUUAAAAAUAGUAAAUCUGAUAAUAUUAAAUUAUAUGAACAACUUCCAAUUGAUGAUGAACCUAAAGUUCAUCAUUUUUUAUUACAAUAUCAUGAUUUUAAUAAUAGAAUUGGAUUUAUUCCACCAAUAUCAGAUUGUUAUAUUAUUAUUUUAUUAUUUGAUAGAUGGAGAAGUGUUUUAUUUCAUUGGAAAUAUUAUUUACAAAGAGUUUUACCAAAUGAUGAAACAAUUAAAAUGAGAAUAAUGUUUUUUGUUGAAAAUAAAAAAACAGCAGAAGAUCAAAGUGCACUAGAUUCAAUAAAAAAACAAUUAAUACCAUGGCAAUGUGAUAUAAUUGUUUUACCAUUAAAAAGUAAAAAAAAAUUAAAUAUUGAAUCAAAAUUUAAAAAAUUAAUUAGUGAUUUUAAAAUAAUUUCAAAUAUUUAUAAUGAAUCAAUAUUAAAAGUUGCUAAAGAAAUAAAAAUGGCUACAUUUGAUCCACCAGUUAUUAAAGAAGGACAAUUAUAUAAAAUUAUUAAUCAAUUUAAAUUAGAAGGAAAUUUUCAUAAUAUUAUUAAUUCAUUACAUCAACUUGGAGUAAUUAUUAGUGUUUCUAGAAGUAUUGAUAAAAGACAAAAAAUAGAAAAUAAAAUAAAUAUUUAUAAUCUUUUAUCAUUAAAUAGUACAAAUUCAAAUUUAGUUAUUGUAGAUUUAAAUAUUUUUGAAAAUAUUAAUUUUUAUCUUGAAAAACAAGCUCAAAAUGGAUUUGGAUUUAUUGAAAAUAUUAAAGAAAUUAUUUAUUCAUAUAGAGGAAUGAGUCCAGAUAUUAUUAAUGUUAUUAUGUAUUUUAUUCAAAUGUUUUAUGAUGUUUUUAUUGUUAAUGAUGAUUUCUUAAAUAAAUUUAAUUUAUAUGAAAAAUAUGAAGAAUUUAUUUCAGUUCAUUCAAUUACUAAAAUUGAUAUUUUAUCAAGUCUUUAUUCUCAUCAAAUUAAAAAAAUUCCUCCAAAAAGAUUAAAAUUUAAUCAUAUUAUUAAUAGAUCUCUUUCUACUGCAAUUGAAAUUCAAUCAUUUAAUCAAGAUGAUGAAAUUCAUUCUACUUGUCGUACACCUAUACCAUCAACUACUCAACCAAUACAUAUAUCAAAAACUUUAUAUUUUCAACCAAGACUUCUUCCUCAUAUUGAACCAAUUACAUUAAAUGAAUAUUGGCCAAAAUUUCAUGAUAUAAAAGAAAUGGAUUUUGGAAGAAUUAUUAAUUUUCAAUAUAUUCCACCAAUUUAUUUUGCUUAUUUUAUUUUUAUUGCACUUAUAGAAGGAUUAAGUAUUACUAAAGUAUUUAUGAAUCAAUGUAUUUUAACAAAAAUUGCUUAUGAACAACAUUUUUAUUUUUAUAUUGAAUAUAAUGAACAUCAAUUUAUUAUUAGAAUUAGAUAUCGUGCUGCAACAGUUAAUUCUGUAUUAAUAGCUGCAGAAUUAAUGGAAUUAUUAUUAAAUUCAUUUUAUAAAAUUCAUGAUGAAUUAUUCCCAACAUUAGAAUAUGAUGAAUUAAUUCUUUGUCCAACUUGUUUAAUUUUAGGAGUAGAUAAAUAUAGUGCAAUUCCUUUAAAAGAAAUUAAUGAAGCAAUUUUAAAAAAUAAAGAAUUAAUUAGUUUUGGAGAAUGUCAUACAUGUAUGGUAUCAACUUGUAGUUUAGAUCUUAGUUUAAAAGAUUUAAGAAAAAAACAACAAAAUAAAUUAUUUUCAGUUGAAAUAAAUAGAAGUGAAUUAACUAAUGAAAAUUUACUUGGAAUAGGAAGUACUGCUAAAGUUUAUUCUACUAUUUAUAAUAAUAAAAAAGCUGCUAUUAAAUUAUUUUCUUUUGAACCUUCUCAAUUUUCUUGUGAAAAAGGAAAAGGAGGUGCAGCACAUCUUGUAUCUAAAAGUAUUACUGAAUUAAAAAGAGAAAUUUCUAUUAUGAAUUUAAUAAAUUCACCAUAUAUUCUUAAAUUAUAUGGAAUUUCUUUUGAUCCUUUAGCAUUAGUUAUGGAUAUAUGUGAUAAAGGUGAUUUACAUGAAUAUAUUAGAAAUAAAAAUAAUGAUCUUUCUUGGCCAAUUAUGUUACGUUUUGCAUAUCAAAUAGCAAGUGGAAUGGCUUCAUUACAUAAAGAAUUAAUUAUUCAUCGUGAUUUAAAAAGUCCAAAUAUUUUAAUUAAAACAAAUAAAAAAGGUAAAUUAACUUGUGUUAUUUCUGAUUUUGGACUUAGUGGAACUUAUAAUGAAGAAGAAAAAUAUUUUGUAGAUAAUCCAAGAUGGGUAGCUCCUGAAAUAUUAAUUAAUAAACCUUUUACAUUAGCAGCUGAUGUAUAUAGUUUUGCUAUUAUAUUAUGGGAAUUAUUAGCAAGAGAAGAACCAUUUAAUGAUUUUAAAUUUCCAUCUCAAUUAAGAACUUCUAUUAUUACUGGAUUAAGACCAACUAUUCCUAAUUCUCCUUAUAUAAAAUAUAAAGAAUUAAUUCAAAAAUGUUGGAAUCAAGAUCCUAUUUUACGUCCUCCAUUUUCUGAAAUUGUUGAUAAACUUUCUUUAUUUAGAAAAAUGGUUGAAAAAGAAUUUGAAAUAUUACCUAUUUCAUAA